UUAGAAAUAACAAAAGUUGGUGGUGAGGGACUUUCUUAUAAAUAAACCAUUUUAUCAAACCUAAAACUCUCACCUCAAUCCGCCGUCCGACGCCGUGUCUCUCCACACUCGCACCACUCCCUCCCUUCUUCGGCGGCAGAAAGCACUCACUACAAAGACAUUUUAUCGGCUUGAGCCGAGCCGCCAAUCUCAGCUCGUUCACACCUAAUUCCUCAAAUGGAGUGUGCUUUGGGUAUGGCCACCGCCACUCAUUUUCCGUCGUUCUCGAGACUAAAUUCAUCACCAAAAGUACGGCUCUUCUCCGUCACUUGCCAAUCUGUUUCUCUCUCCGCCUCCGAGAAUGUGGAGAGGCCAUGGAAAGUGGCGGAUGCAAGGUUAGUGCUGGAGGAUGGUUCAGUUUGGAGGGCAAAGUCUUUUGGUGCUUCUGGAACUCAAGUUGGUGAAGUUGUUUUCAACACUUCUUUAACCGGAUACCAAGAGAUUCUUACGGAUCCUAGUUAUGCUGGCCAGUUUGUCCUGAUGACCAACCCCCACAUUGGCAACACUGGUGUUAAUUUUGAUGAUGAAGAAUCAAAGCAAUGCUUUCUUGGAGGACUGGUUAUACGGAGUUUGAGUAUUAGCACCUCAAAUUGGAGAUGCAAACAAACACUUGGAGAUUAUUUGGCGUCGAGAAACAUUAUGGGAAUAUAUGACGUGGACACUCGUGCAAUUACACGUAGAUUAAGACAAGACGGCAGCCUAAUAGGUGUAUUGAGCACCGAAGACUCUAAAACAGAUGACGAACUUCUCGAAAUGUCUCGAACAUGGGACAUAGUUGGGGUGGACUUGAUCAGUGGCGUAUCGUGCAAGGCUCCGUACGAAUGGGUUGAUAAAACAGGUUCAGAAUGGGAUUUUAACUUCAACAAAAGAAACGAGGACACUUUUCAUGUUGUUGCUUAUGAUUUUGGUAUAAAGUACAACAUACUCCGUCGAUUGGCAUCGUACGGCUGUAAAAUCACCGUGGUUCCUUCAACAUGGCCUGCAUCCGAGACACUUAAGAUGAAACCAGAUGGUGUGCUUUUCAGUAAUGGUCCAGGUGACCCCUCGGCAGUUCCUUAUGCUGUUGAAACUGUUAAGGAAAUUAUCGGAAAAGUUGUUGUUUUCGGAAUAUGCAUGGGCCAUCAAUUGCUUGGUCAAGCAUUAGGUGGUAAAACCUUCAAAAUGAAGUUCGGUCACCACGGAGGAAAUCACCCAGUCCGCAAUAUUCGAAAUGGCCGUGUUGAAAUCAGUGCUCAGAAUCACAAUUACGCGGUGGACCCUGAAUCGCUUCCGAAAGGUGUAGAGGUAACUCAUGUGAAUCUGAAUGAUGGAAGUUGUGCGGGGCUUGCUUUUCCUCAGCAGAAGCUCAUGUCACUUCAAUACCAUCCCGAGGCUUCCCCUGGGCCCCACGAUUCUGAUCCUGUGUUCGGAGAAUUCAUACAGCUAAUGAAGCAAGAAAAGCAGCGGGCUUAACUAAAUAAAGGGAGCUCUUGCCACAAAAAGAAGUAUUUACGUAAAGUGCAGUUGAUCCCGUAUUUGGUAAUCUAUGUGUGUCUAGAUAAAAACAUAUUCUGCAAAUUUCCGCGUCUGUUAUUUGUUGUUAUGCAUGAUCGGUCUAGCUUACCGGUAUUUGGCCUACGUUUUAUUUAUUUAUUUAUUUAAGUUGAGAAGACCGUGCGAAAAGCAGUUGGAUAAAUCUUUAUAAGAUUAAAUUCAUAAAAAAGUGCAUUAUUGUUCGUAAUGGAAUUUCGGGUUAGAGAAUAUAA